AUGUUGAGGGUCAGGAGCAGGGGAGAGAGAGAGCUAAUGACUAGUCGGCUUGUUAUUAGUGCUAUUAAGCGAGUGCGAGGCAGGACCGCAGCCGAGCGGAUGGCUGGAGCCCGUGACACGUUGUAUAUUAUUCCUGACACCGAUCAACCUGCCUUCGGGGAAGUGAACCAGCUCGGAGGGGUGUUUGUCAACGGGAGACCCCUGCCCAACGCCAUCAGGCUGCGGAUUGUGGAACUGGCGCAACUGGGUAUCAGGCCGUGUGACAUCAGCCGGCAGCUCCGCGUUUCCCACGGCUGUGUCAGCAAAAUCCUGGCUCGCUACAACGAGACCGGCUCCAUCCUACCGGGGGCUAUCGGCGGCAGCAAGCCUCGGGUCACCACUCCCACGGUGGUAAAACAUAUCCGGACCUACAAACAAAGGGAUCCGGGCAUCUUCGCCUGGGAGAUCCGGGAUCGCCUGCUGGCCGAUGGCGUGUGUGACAAGUACAACGUGCCGUCGGUCAGCUCCAUCAGCCGCAUCCUCCGGAACAAAAUCGGGAACCUGUCUCAGCAGAGUCACUACGAGUCUUACAAGCAGCACCAGCCGCCCCCACAGCCUGCUCUGCCCUACAACCACAUCUACCCCUACCCCAGCCCCAUCGCUGCUGCGGGAGCCAAGGUGUCCACCCCUCCCGGGGUGCCGGCGAUCCCCAGCACCAUGGCCAUGCCCAGGACGUGGCCGUCCUCUCACUCGGUGACGGACAUCCUGGGGAUCCGCUCCAUCACAGACCAAGCAGUGAAUGACACUUCGCCUUACCCCAGCCCCAAGGUGGAGGAAUGGAGCAGCUUGGGCCGAAACAGCUUCCACCCGCCGGCCCAGCAUGCUGUGAACGGGUUGGAGAAGAGCUCCCUUGAGCAGGAGGCCAAGUACAGCCAGGUGAUCUGGAUGGCACCCAAUUCGAACCCCAUUUGUGAGACCUGCCUCUUACUGGCCACCUGCUUCCACGGCCAAAACACAGUGCCCUGUCCACCAACCCACAUGGCUUCAGGGCACUCCACCCGGAUGAAACUAAUAAAGAAAGUCAGAGAGGCACCCAACGGCCUCCCAGCCGUCAGCAGCUUCGUGUCGGCGCCGGCCAUGCCUCCCUACGCCACGCCAGCCCAGGUGUCCCCGUACAUGCCGUACAGCGCCGCCCCCUCCAGCUACAUGGCCGGCCACGGCUGGCAGCACGCGGGGGGCACCCCGCUGUCCCCGCACGGCUGCGACAUCCCCGCCUCGCUGGCCUUCAAGGGCGUGCAGGCGGCCAGGGAGGGCGGCCACUCCGUCGCGGCCUCCGCGCUCUGA